AUAAACAUCAGGUUGUGACGUCCAUUCUGGCCUCUACCACACUUGUUUUUUUUCCCAUCUUCCUGCACUCUCUGGUGUCCUCUCGGUUAUGGAGGCAGCAGGAGCAAGCACUGGAAGGAACACAAGAUACAUGAUGGAAGGCGUUGGUGCUAGAGUCAUCAGAGGACCAGACUGGAAGUGGGGGAAACAGGAUGGUGGUGAAGGGCAUGUGGGGACUGUGAGGAAUUUUGAAUCUCCUGAGGAAGUAGUGGUUGUUUGGGAUAAUGGAACAGCCGCUAAUUACCGUUGUGCUGGUGCUUAUGACCUCCGAGUUUUAGAUUCUGCUCCGACUGGAGUGAAGCAUGAGGGCACAAUGUGUGAUACUUGUAGACAACAACCAAUAUUUGGUAUACGAUGGAAAUGUGCAGAAUGCAGCAAUUAUGACCUAUGUUCUGUGUGCUAUCACAGUGACAAACACAAUCCUAGGCAUCGUUUCUAUCGCAUUACCACAAUUGGGUGUGAAAGAGUGUUACUUGAACCUCGGCGUAAAAGUAAAAAAAUUGGCAUCCGUGGUAUCUUUCCUGGUGCUAGAGUAGUAAGAGGAGUAGAUUGGCAGUGGGAAGACCAAGAUGGAGGUAAUGGGAGACGCGGUAAAGUCUCAGAGAUUCAAGAUUGGUCUGCAGCUUCACCAAGAUCGGCUGCCUAUGUCAUCUGGGAUAAUGGUGCCAAAAACUUGUACAGGGUUGGCUUUGAAGGCAUGGCUGAUCUUAAAGUAGUAAAUGAUGCAAAGGGAGGAACUGUGUAUCGUGACCAUCUUCCCAUGCUUGGCGAGCAAAACCCGGGCCGCUCAGGUCCUCAUGGGCUGGCCAUUGGAGACCAAGUAAAUGUUGAUUUGGAAUUGGAGAUUGUACAGUCUCUGCAGCAUGGGCACGGUGGCUGGACAGACGGCAUGUUUGAAUGUCUUGGCACUACUGGCACUGUGGUUGGCAUCGAUGAAGACCAUGACAUUGUUGUUGCUUAUCCCUCUGGCAAUAGUAUGGAACAGACUUUAGGCAAGAUUGGACGAGUACAACAAAUAUAUCAUGACAACGACCUCAAAGUUGAGGUUUGUGGUACCUCUUGGACAUACAAUCCUGCAGCUGUUACCAAAGUUGCUUCUGAUGGUACAGUUCCUGGUGCUGCUAGUGGAGAUGCGCUGGACCAUGAAGGUGACACUCCACUUCAUGACGCUGUCUCCAAAAAGCGAGAUGAUAUUCUAACUCUUCUACUGGAUCAUGCAGCUGACAUCACCCUUACAAACAACAAUGGUUUUAAUUCCCUUCAUCAUGCAGCUCUUCGCGGCAAUCCAAGGUAAGGCGUGGCCGGCGUCGUGACCUGGAUCAUCUGGCCGGAUGGGUGAGUCGUUGCUACCAUGUUACGUUGUCUCUUGUUUUCUAGUCUUCCCACUCCCACCUCCUCGCUCCAACCCAAGUUAUGUAAUUAAAACUUGUUUGUGCUUUUUUUUUUUUUGAGGGGGGUACUCCAACUUCCUGACACGCCUGAUCUUCCUCAUUCUCUUCCUCCUCAUUCUACUUCUGUUCUUCCUCCUUCCGAGUCUACUCUCAUGUACCAUGUCUUGACCCUCAUCUUAUCUUGAACGUUUUCUUAUAAAGUCAUCUUGGCGUUUGCUGAUAUUUCUAGUGGUCCCAAUCGAGAUCCCCACCCUUUCCAACUCAUUAUAUUAUUAUAUUCUUAGUCAUUAUCGUCAUUAUUAUUCUUCCUUUUCCUUCUUCUCUUCCUAUAUUUACCUCCUUUUCUCUUUUUUUAUUUCUCUUCUUGCUUCUCAUUCUCCUGCUCUUCUUCCUCCACUACCUCAUCUUCAUGGUAAUGGCGGUGGCCGUCGCUGCUGCUAUGAAAUGUCAGGAGUAUUAAUUUCUGCUGGG